UUUUGCCGGCUCGCAUCGUCGUCUGCUGCGUUGUUGUAGUAUCCCUUCAGUGACUCUGUGACUCAUUAGAUGAAUAGGAGACGUCUGCUUCUUGUGUGUGUGUGCCUUGUCGUUUUGCUUGAGUCGAACAGUAUGCCGGUCAUUUAGAUGGUGAUUCUGUGCCAGUGGUCUUUUGAACCUUGAAACACGUAGUCGGGCAGAAGUUCUAGUCCUGUGAAACACCGGUAUCUUAUUGGUUUGGAAGCGUGCCCGUUUUGUGCAGAUUUUUAAAAUCAUUUAAUUAGUUAAUAAGUUGCUGGAAUUUUCUCUGUUGGUAUUCUGAGACUCACCUUUCUGCCUUUGUUUAUUUUAUUAAUAUUGCUGUGAAAAUGAGGAAAGUUGUGAUAUGCUUUUGUUGAAAUUGUGUUUCCUGGGAUCAGCAAAAGUCUGUCAUAUUUGAGCUACACAUAGAAGGAGUCUUCGAGGCGAACUCACUCAACUCACAACUGGUAUUUUACUAAUGUGUGACGACUUUUAUGUGGUAAUUAUAAACGUCCACGCCAGCGACACAUAAGCCAGCGCACGGAGCAUACAAUAAUUUGUAAUAUAAUGUGUGCAUGUAUCUUAAUUACGGACGUCCAAUAAAUAACGCUAUUUUCUUUUCGCGCCAACUGAUGAAGUUGGCCCUCAUGACUGGUCCUCAAAAUCGUUCCAAGUACGAUUUUAAAUUGAGUACGCCUAAUUGUAAGGGUUUUUCCUGAGAAAAAAAUAUGUAUUGUUACUGAACUGUUCCAAUUUAUGAUUGAAGUUGAAACGCCUGGCACCGUUUUUUCGUAUGAUGCUAAAGAUGGACACUCAAAUGCAUUAUGCAGACGUUUACCGUUAAGCCUGUACAAGUUCACUGUGGUCUGUGAGCCAAAGAGAGUUAACCUGGUCAGCCCGACUCACCAGGGCAUUGAUACGUCUUCUCUUUGUUGUUGGCUCCCUCUGUGCACGUGGGCUUUGUGAAAACGACAGUGUUGACAUUACCUUCUAGAUCUACAUCGCGCAGUUUGGUGCGUGGAUGAGAAUUUUCUUCCACUGCUGCACACUAUAAAGUGUUGCAAUAUGGGUGUGGAGCUCUCACUGUUUAAACAGGGCAUUCUUUCAUGUUCCACAUGCGGCCGACGUCUGAGCAACUGGUACGUGGAGAACCAAGGCAGCCUGUACUGUCGGCGGGACUACAGGAAUAAGUUUGGCCAGCUCUGUAAUGGCUGCUCCAGCCUCAUUUCGGGACCUGUCAUGUGGUCAGUGUUACAAGUCCGGACAUUUGACCGUUCGACCCAAGUCCGUCUCAUUGCCCCCUGUUGGCCACCCGUCAACUCCCUCCCUGGCGCGUACGUCAGCUACCACAGCAACAACUACAAAGCCAACUUCAUUGAAACGGCCAGAAGCUCUGCCGACGACGCCAACAACCCCUCCUCCCCCCUCACCUACGGUCGUUGUUACAACAGCAGCCUCUACCAACGCCACAUCCCCCUCUUCGUCUCUACCAUCAUCGUCAUCGGCAACGACACCACCACCAGCUCCAUCAUCGUCAUCAUCUACAUCAUCGUCGUUAUCCACGGACACAACACCUCCCCGAAGGAAGCCUCACUGUAUCCAGAUGGUGGAGAUCCCGCCCGCGCCGGAUGGUGGCGCCCCAGGGCGGGAAAAUCUGCAGCAGACGGCGCCUGCCGGAAGUGAGUCCGUGGAGCAGAAGUCACCGACCCGGCACUUCCACCUGGCUCUGCAGACGGCCGGAUAUCGGAACAGUUGGAUGCUGGAUGGGGGCAGUCGCAUGUCGCCCUGUGUGCAGAUCUCGGAACUGACCGCUGACCCAGCGCUGAAGGUCCUGGAGGUUGGAGAUCGAAUCCUUGAGGUGAACGGCUCCUCCAUCAGAGACAAAACCCUGGAGGAGAUCAGCCGUCUUUUGGUGAACCAGGCGGUUCCGGUACAAGUGACUGUGGAAAGAGAUUUAUCCCCCCUAACGGUUCCGGAUGAGGAUCCAUUUACCUCCCCUGUGCUCCCUUCCAAGCCAUUGAUCAGAUCUACAUCUGGUGAGCCCACAUCACCAGGUGGCAGCCGUGCUGAAGGGAGGACCAUUGUUAUCCAAGACACACCCGUCAGGCUUCGACCUAAGGCCUCUCUCAAAGCACAAGGACACAGCCCGUCACGGCGAAGGAGCAAGUCCCCGUCUCCGUGUCCGGCCAGCAGACAGAAGAGCAUUGACCUCAGCCGCUCACACUCCUUCUCCACACACAAACAAGAGCACCGCGUGUUCCGCACGGGUGACCUCAUUGUUGGCGACGUCCUUGGUCAGGGAUUUUUUGGAAAAGCCAUCAGGGUGAUGCACAGAAUCACAGGGGAGCACAUGGUUCUCAAAGAACUUCACAACUUUGACGAAGAUGCGCAGAAAAGUUUUCUCCGAGAGGUGUCCAUGUUGAGGAACCUGUCUCACCCUUGUGUUCUCAAAUUUCUCGGAGUUCUGUAUAGAGACAAGAAACUGAAUCUGGUCACAGAGUUUAUUGAUGGAGGGACGUUGUCAGACAUUUUGUUAGACACAUCUCGAGAACUGUCCUGGAUGCAGAGGGUCUCGUUUGCCAAAGACAUUGCCACAGGCAUGAAUUACUUGCACUCCAUGGAUAUCAUCCACCGAGAUCUCAACUCUCAGAACUGCUUUGUCAGGAAGGAUCAGACAGUAGUGGUGGCAGACUUUGGGCUGGCCAAGAUCGUUCCUCGACACGGACCUCUGGUGUCUCCCACCAAGUCCUCAAAGGGCGACCAGGAGUCGACGGGGCUGGCAGGAAGUGGCAGGAAGAAGCGUUUCUCUCGACGCAAGCGCCAGACGGUGGUGGGAAACCCAUACUGGAUGGCUCCCGAGAUGAUGACCAAAGGCGUGUACGACGAGAAGGUGGACGUCUUUUCCUAUGGUAUCAUCGUCUGUGAGACAAUUGCAAGAGUGACAGCAGACCCGGACUACCUACCCCGCUCCAUUGACUUCGGCCUCAAUGUGGAGAGCUUCCACAAACGUUUCUGUGACGGCAGCCCGGAGCCCUAUGUGAUGUUGGCUGUUCUUUGUGCCCACAUCGAGCCGGACCAGAGGCCAAGCUUUGAGAAGGUUCUGGUGAUGUGCGAGGCUCUGCUCCUUCACGUGGAGCAUGGCAUGGCCGUGCCGCAGGAGCUGCAGGGCAGCACGGUGGAACUCUAUCGACGCCUCAAGGAGCGCUUGUACGGCCGAGACUAUCUCGACGGGGACAGUGUCACAGAGACCAACACUGCCGACAAUAAGGAGGUUUCAUUGCAACAAGAAAGCAACACUGCCAACAAUAAAGAGGCGUCAUCGCAACAAGAAAGCAACACCGCGUCGUCAGGAAAGGGGUCAUGUACAACGAGCGAACAGAAAAUGUCAUCACAGCAAGAAAUGAACACAAAGGACAGCCAAGAGCCACCACAAGAUGAGAAGGCGGAGGGGCCUUCUACACGUAAUAAAACUAAGCCAGAAGAUAGUGCAAAAGAAAACAGCUCUAGCGAUCUAAAGCAGACUGAGAGUUCUGAGAUCGUACCAUCUGUUGAUGAGAAAGAUGGGUGUGACGGUAAGAAAGACAUGUGUGAUGAGAGGCCCAAAAGUGAAGCCUCAGAGGAGACAGCAAAACCGUCAAGCAAUCAGGGAGGCAGUGCAGUGUGUAUGGCAUCCGGUGUUGAUGCAGAGAGAUCAAAGCGGGAUAUUUGUAUGCUAGUGACCUCAAACGUCAUGGGAGAGGAGACUGAGAGAGGUAAUGGAAGUGGUGAGUUUUGUGUUGAGGAGAAAGAGGCUGUAAGUCUCAAAGACUCUGGUGUGUUUUCAUCGUCACUUUCAUCUUCUCGAAAACCUUCUACAGAGGGAGGACGGAAAACGGAUGUGAGAAAGGAUGAACAGGAGAGGGAAGAUACAGACAUGUCCCAGUUGGUUGAAAAGAGUUGUUCCCCUGCGCUUGAUGAUACACCAGUCAGUAUGACUAUGUCUGCUGGUGGCAUGAUGUCCUUGACCUCUCCCCAAAGUGCACAGAGUAUCAUCCGUGAUGACUUCAGCAGUGUAGAAUCCAGUCCAACCCUUUUCCUCCCUCAUUCUCCUCCGCAAGCCAUAUGGGAGCCGGCUACUGUCAGUCCUUGCACUGGGGAUGUGUCAAGACACAAGGAAAAGGACCAUAGCUCUCACCACCCAUUGAAACUUGUUCUGGGAGAUGACUCCAACAACAACAACAUCACAACAACAACAGCAACAACAACAUCGACAACAGGCUUGGAAGACUGCGCCUACUUCUCAUGUUCCUCCUCCUCUCCCUCCCUCUCUCCAUCCUUCUCGUCCUUUUCUCCGGAGGAUUUCGCUACCUGUACUAGUUGGCCCGGUCCAAGCUUAAUGAAGUGCUUGGAUGACAGUCAGGUGCCGUCUGUUCACAGUGUGUCUCUUCAGGAAGUUUCAGCCACUGGCUUGUCUGAGUCGCCUGCCAACAGAACGUAUGAUUCAUGUAUAUCAGCAUGUAGCACUUCUACGUCACAGUCUGGUGGAGCAGACCUUUCUCCAAGUGUCGCGUUGUCCUCUCUGUCGUUCCCCUCAACAUCUCGUUUUGUCUCGGAAGCCAUACACCCAACAACUUGCUCAAGCGAUGACAAUAAACCAACUGAACUUUCUCGUGCUGUAGGGUGUAAAAUGGCUCCUUUGGGUAACCAAGAUAACCAGGGCUCUGCUGCCACGACAGCUGCACCAGCUACCACCACGUCGUCUGUGCUCAUUCUGUAUGGUGCUGAGACGAAUGAGUCGAACACUGACUGUUGUGAUGGCGUCAGAGAUUCGACCACCGACUCUACAGCUGCCUCCCAGUCAGCAGAUAACAAAACUCGCCAUAUUUUCUCAGACAAUUCACUCUCCAACACAGAAAAGGCAGAAAAUAGUGAGAGUGUUUCUUCUACAAUCGCUGACAACCUCAGACUUAAGAUAAAAGAAUACAAAAAUGGUUCCUCGUCAGCUGUUACGUCACCGGGCAACAGUGAAAACUCUGAUGAUUCUAAGUCACAAAAUUUUCUCCAAAAUGAGGUACCCAGUUGUCUCCUUAGUCCUAACCUGGGAUUAUCUUCAUCACGGAGGAGGUUAAAAAAGUCGUUGAAAAGCUUGCCAGCACGGGACCAUUCCCCCUUCCCAUUAUAAUUGCCUAUGUUUAUGUUGACAAAGUUUUGUGUUAAGGUCAGAAGGGAUCAAGUCUUGGUGUGUACAUAUUCCUAAGGUAGUUGGCUAGAGCUAUUUCAUAACUAGUUGGUUUGGCUUGAGUGGGCAAAAGGUGCCAUUGCAAAGUUUUGUUCACCCAGUUUAGCACAAGCAUUCUGUUUUCAGCACUCCUGGGGAUUUCCAACUAUACUGAGUGGGAUUUUGCCAGUUUGCAUUUUUAGAAGAUAAUCAGAUACUGCACUUAAACAGAAGAGAAGAUGGGAGAGAGUGAAAGAGAGAGAAAGAUAGGGAGAUGGAGAGAG